AUGAGCGUUUCAACGUCCGAUUCGACCGCAGGAAAGAGAAUCCGUCACUUUGUUGGCGUCGAAAGUUCCAAACAGCUUGCCUUUAUUGAUGAUCUCCACAGACUGGGCCUCAGUCGUACGGUCGAUCUACCUGAGCUUAUCGUUGUAGGCGACCAAAAUACUGGCAAAAGCUCCGUUCUCCAGGCCAUCACUGAAAUCUCGUUCCCCGUUGAGUCAGCCUUGUGCACUCGUUUUCCAAUCAAAAUCUCCUUUCGACAAACUCCGGGAUCAUCGACCUCGGUUCAAGCGGAGAUUAUCCCUGGCAAGACGACGCAGGAUGACGAGGAAUUCAUAGAGAGAACCAAGGACUUCCGGUUUACGAGUAACGAACUUAGUGCCAGCGUCAUGGGAGAGAUCAUUCAAGAGGUCAUCUUCUCCAUUCCAGGUUUCAUUAUUAGCAAAACAGACCAAACUUUGAGCGAUGCGAUACUUCGAAUUGAACGAUCUGGCCCCAACGAAAUGCACUGGACCAUCGUAGAUCUCCCAGGGCUGGUUCAGAAUCGAGGAAAAUUAUCAGCCUCGAAAAAAAUCGUGGCAAACGGCGGCGAAAGUAGUCAUACAAAUAACGCCAAAAUAGCGAAGGACUUGGUACGGUCUUUUCUUGAAAAUGAGCGGAAUAUUGUCCUAUGGGUAGUGGAUGACACGGAUAUUGAGAGACACAAAACCUUAGAGUUGUUUGAUGAGAUUCCCGGUUUGCAAAGCCGGACCAUAGGGGUUUUAACUAAGUGCGAUCGCAAGCAAGAAACAUCUGAUGACUGGAUGGUAAAACUGCUUCGAAACGAACCAUCGACCAAACACCACCUCGACCAAGGUUGGUUUGGUCUCCGAAACAGGAAACCCAAAGAAGCGCAUAUAAGUGAUCAAGAAAGAGACCAGAAUGAGAGUGACCUAUUUGAGAAACCCGAAUGGGCUGGAAUUCGCAAAGAACAGACCGGCAUAAAAGCACUAAUGGAUCACAUCGACAAAGAACGUCGCCGUCGUAUCCAGGAGAGUAUGCCUAAGAUUAUUGCGGAAAUACGAGACAACUUACGUAAAUGCGAAUUCGAGAUUGAGAAACUUGGUGAACAACGUGAUUCUACGGCUGCACAGCGAUUUUACGCACUGCAAUUCUGCACCGACUUACAGAAAAUGGCGGAUUCAGCUCUAUACGCUCGAUAUCAGGAUAUUCCAUCAAUUGAUCCUAGGGUCAAGCUUCGAUUUCGAGUCAAUAACCGACUAGAAAGUUUUCAAAAGGAGAUUGCAGCCCUCGACAAGAUCAAAGAUGGUUUGCAGUUCAGGCCAGUUCAAGACGCCCUGAAUUAUUUAGCUGAAAAAUCAAACGUCAAUCCUGAGCAAUGGGUGGAGUAUAUCUCGAUUGCUGAAUAUGGAAAUAUCUUCUCCGAGAUCAUCAAAGAAUCAAAGAUAUGCCAGGGAACGAACCUGCCUGGAUCCAUUAGUCCCGAAGUUGAAGGAAAGAUUUUUCAGAAACAAUCAGCUCACUGGAGAGAUAUCGCGUUUGAUCUGGUCAAUGACAUUAAAAACCAGGUGAAAGAAUGCCACGAUAUCUUUCUGAGUCUAGCAAUACCAGAUAGCAGAACCAGAGGCGAAGUGAUUGCGAUGACGUCCAAGACCAACGAAGCCUGGGAAGUAGAGAUUGAUGCUGCACUAGAAGAACUGAUUGAUGAUCAUCAAAGAAGACCUCCGAAGACACUUCAUCCUUAUUUUACGAGCGAGUCUCGGAGAUUUGAUCUUGAACUACGGAAGCAAAUUGAAUGGAUCAGGAGGCAUAAAAAGGCAAAGAAUACCCCAGAGCAAUCCAAGCUUGGGACGAGAGCAGAGGACACAGAGGAUGGAAGUAGCCUUGACGACAGCCCAUCUCAGUUAUCUUUGGAAUUAAACCAGAUAUUUCACGUUUCAAAACGACUAGAGUUAUAUUAUGAUAUUGCCAUCAACCGCUUCAUCGACAACGUGGCAAUGCAGGUGAUCGAAAGACAUGUUUUAGGUUCAAAAUGUCCCUUACUUACCGUCAACAUGAAGCUUUUGGCGAGUCUGAGUGACGAGGAUCUGCAGAGGAUUGCCGGAGAAGAUGAAUCUGUUACUCGUAUGCGAGAGAGGUUGAAAAAGGACAGAUCUAACUACAAGCAAGCCCUGACUCAAUGGGAUCGGGUCCGGUACUUCUAG